GGAAUCUGGGAAACGUUCUAUUCAAGCUAUGGUUUCUGUUGCCCCGAGGCCAAUGUGGAAGAGACAAUGUGGAAUUGUAACUCUCUUAGCAUCUCUAGGGCAACAAACAAAGACAAUUGUUUCUCUACUGAUGUGGCGAAAUAAACCUUGUAUUUUUCUGUUUUGUUAGGCAAGCUUGGUUAAAUUAUACCAACAUCAUAAGAAUUCUUGUCUUUUUCUAUCUAUAGGUGUUAUAUUUGAACUGAAGGCAACAUGUACAAUCACACUUCUACAUCCAGUUUUCUGCUGCUGGAAUUCUCAACAAUCAGAGGACUGCAGAUCUUACACUUCUUUGUCUUCCUAGCAAUGUACCUCAUUGCAGUAAUAGGGAAUCUUUUCAUCAUCAUUGCAGUUGUGACAGAUUACCAGCUACACAUCCCAAUGUACUUUUUUCUCUUCUGUUUGGCUAUGGUGGACCUUGGUUCAGUUUCUGUCACAAUACCAAAAUCUAUGGCUAUGUCCCUCAUGAACGACAGGUCAAUAUCUUUUUCUGGAUGUAUAGCUCAAGUUUUCUUUUCCUUUCUCUUUAUAACAUCAGAUUUUGUUCUCCUCAACAUAAUGACACAUGACCGCCAUGUUGCAAUCUGUAACCCACUCCAUUAUGAGAGAAUCAUGAAUAAGCCAGCCUGUGUUAAGAUGUUAGCUAUUGGGUUGAUUAUAAGUCUACUUUAUGCCACAUUACACACCAGUGGCACCUUUAUGAAUACCUUCUGUUCUAAUAACAUCAACCAGUUCUUCUGUGAAGUGCCACAAUUAUUAAAACUCUCCUGUUCUGACCUAUAUUUAGUUGAAUUUGGGCUUCUUGUACUAAGCUGCACUGUCGCAUUAGGAUGUUUUAUCUUUAUCAUCAUAACAUAUGUUCAGAUCUUUUCUGCAGUGCUCAGAAUCCUCUCUGUACAUGGCCAGAAAAAAGCCCUCUUCACUUGUGUUCCCCACCUCAUUGUUGUCUCUUUACUAUUAAUAACUGGAGCGUUCUCUUAUGCAAGGCCUCCUAGUGAUAUAUCUUCCAGUCUGGAUUUGGGUUUUGCUGUGAUGUAUUCUAUAAUUCCUCCCAUGUCAAAUCCUUUCAUUAUAGUAUGAGAAACAAAGAGAUCAAGAAUGCUUUGAAGAAAUUGUUAUAUAUGAAGCUCACUCCUGCAAAACCAUCUUUAACGAUCUCAUCAGAUGGGGUGAAAUCUCAGUCCUAGGAAGCUUUCACCCCAUUCUGGGGGCCGGAGGUUGACAGCUGACAUCACACAACAAUAUGUGAUUUUUUGGCAUAGGCCCCACCCCAAAAUGACACUUUCACCCCCAAUUUGAGAGGCUUCCCAUGUGAUGGGGAAAGUGUUAUGAAAGGGAUGUGUGCAGGGUGACAGAUUUGCCUUAUUGCUCCCUUUUUACUUGCCAGAAGCCAGGCAAAGCAAGACAUUCACCUGGCUUUUCUGAUAAGUUUGCAAGGCCAUUCUGUCACCAUCAGUUUGCAUGAUCUUUCACAUGUUAAUUUUUCUCUCCUCAUGAGUAACUCUACAAUAACAAUAUUCAUUAAAACAUACAAAUGCAUUAUGUCUUAGAUGUUUCUCUUUGUUCUCUGUACUUCUCUCCCUUCUCUUUAUUCUCACUCACAUUUCCCCACACUACCUAGCAGAAAACUUACAACCUUUAAGACCAGUUACAUUACCUGAUAAAACAAAUGUUGGAGUUUUGCACAACCACAUUGAAAUCUAUCUCUUAUCUAUUUGAAACUUUAUGUUCCUCCCUUACUCCCUUUCCCAUUAAUUUGAGCCACUGUUUUUUGUCUAUCUGUGUCUCUCCUUCUCUCUAUCUUCUUCUCAUCCCUUCUGGGUCACCAUGGGCUUGCUUUGCUCUUGAGGUCCAUCAACCUCAUCAAUCUCAUUCCAUGUGGCUGCUUUGGAAGAUAAUUUUCUACUCCGUCUCCAUGCUAGACUACUGGAGAACUGCUUGGUAUAUUUGAAAAAUGCAAUAGAUAUCAAUAUCUUAUGAAUACUCAUGUCUUAGAGAUGCACAGCAUAUAUAUCUUUCAAUAGACCUGGUGUUAUUUAGUAGACAGAAUAUCCUCCUAAUCAAUUACUAUGCUUUGUAAUUAUAUCAAACUCAAACAUUAAAAGGUAAAAUCUUUUGUUGGUUUAUAAUGAUACCAGGAGGCAACAAGAUGUGAGAAAGCUCAUAGAUUCAAAUAAAAGUGAUGUGUCAACUUCAACGUCAUAAUGAGUCAGAAAAUCUUUAAUGAUUCAAAACUCAGAAUUUCACCAAAUCCAUAAGGUUUAUUUCCAUGACAGUAUUGGAUAAGAAAUAUAUAAAGUUUUCACUGAAAUGUGACAGAAAUAUUUUUGCAAUAAUGAAAGAAAUAAAAAUGCAACCCUGUCCAUUUUCACUUACUCUACCUCUGGCAAUGUUUGUGUGCUCAGUUGUGGACCUCAGUAGGUAGAUUAUGGAUGCCAGAGUUCAGUUCAUUGACUAAAAGAAGUUAUUUUUAUAAGCAAUAUAAUUCUGAGUCUUAUAAAUGCUGAAGUAAAUGUAGGAAUGUGUGUACAAUUCAUCUUCACUAAAGCUGUCUACUCUCUCAUGUUUUAAAUCUCACUGAGAUUAACCAUUCACCUUUGGUUUAUCCUGACUCUAAUACUAAACAUACUGUAUACUUUAAAUGAUAUGAUUUAGCACUUUGGGUAGUUUCUGAAACCCAGACGGGUGUCAUCCACUGAUGCUGGAGCCAUCAGUCAUACUGGACUUUAAUUACU